CCUCGGGUUUCUAUUGAGAGCAGUAAGAAGAGGCUUGAAGCUCAAUCUUUAGUGCAUGUUUUGGAAGCCAAUGGCAGCAGCAUGAGUGGAGCCCAACCGGACGGAGCAAUGACGGCAGACAGCCUCCAUCUGAACGAGACGGCAGCUCUGGGGCUACAUGACCAGGAGAUCAACACAGCUCUGUUUGAGUUCAAAGUGUUUAACAUUGUCCUCAUCACCCUGGCCUUGUGUGUUCUCACUGUCACCGGCCUGUACUGCAUCACUGUCUGCUACAACCGCACCAGUGCCGUCUUCUCCACCAGGCAGUCAAAGAGAGCCCAUGUGUAUGAGAGUGCAGUGACCCGAGGCGAGGCGGCUGACCCCGUGGCUGUCAAAGCAGUGAAGCGCUCCACCAGCUUCAUCAACCCUCUUGCCUUCUUCAGGAAACCAGAGGCAGCAAAGGACAAUUCCAGGAUCUACUACAUCUACAGCAACCCGCUGCCUGUAGGACUGAAGGAGGAAGAGGAGGAGGGGGGGACUAAAACCCCGCAGGGACCAGCGGAGGGGCAAACUGCACUGACGCUGCCAUUGUCGUUUCAAGAGUACGCCAACGAUCCCAACAGCGGUGUCACCCUGGAUCCUCCGAUUUUUUACAUGCAGCUUUAGAGGGUGGAGAGUUAUGGUGUGGGGGCGGGGGGACUGUUAUGAACUGGAUAAACGAGGCACUAGAAUCUGAAAGGUCUGAAGCUGGACCCCUGAGACCGUGUCUGUCAAAGGUUAUGUUACGAUGUACAGGCCAUUAAAGGGACACUCCACCAAUUUUACAAAUUGAAUUCAGUUUAGUAGUCAUGGGGGAGCAACAUUCUCACUGCAACCUCGUCACAUAUUGACAUUUAUGUCAAGUUCUACCUGUUACAUACAUUGUCCUCUUUCAAAACAGACUUCUGUUUUCCCAGGAAAUUUAAUGUUUACAUGCAGUCUCCUUCAAAAUAAAUGCACUACAUCUGUACAACACCGCAAAUUUAAGUUUUUUUCCUUCAACAAAAAACGCACAUGGUUAGGUUUAGGAAAAAAGAACAGGGUUUGGCUUUAGAAUCUUACGGAACAUGAACACUGCUAUCUCGGGUGACAGUCGGUGUUUGUUGGACUCAUCCACCACCACUCCCACCCGCCCCAGUCGGACCUUUGCCGUCUUGACUUUCGUUCUUGUCCCACUGCGUUUCACCCUGACGGUGCCGGGCACCCUUCAACUAUAACAGCAACCGGUCGUGUAUCAUGCCGACGUUAAAGGACGCCUUUUUUCGUUGGUUUCUGACGCCACAAGUCACUGGCCAAGUGUCAGAUUUCGAUGACUUCGAAGUGAGACCGGGCUCGGGGGAGCAUUACUCAGCCUGUAAAAAACAGUUGCAUAAUGUCUUCUGUAGCUCAAGUCUGAGAAAAUAACCCUGGUGAUGUCAUAGUGAUAUCACCAUGGUUAUCACAGCAUAGGCUUUGAGACUACGAAUUUAUAACAGAUAGCUUAAUGGGCUACCAGGUCAUAGGCUGCGUGAAGUUUGAAAAAUGUGGCCGUUUACCAGGAGAGGAACCUAAGACCUUAUCAAGUUGCAUUAUGGGAUAUGUGAGAUCCAGUGUUUGAAAGCUUUGCCCAUACACGGUACUAAAACUGAGCAUUUUCCAUCCACUUUACAAUUCCUUGAUUUUAAAGUUAAAUAAUGAAUUACUGGCAUACCCCUUUAAGACCCUAACCUUCUCUUUCAUAACAAACUACUCCAAAGUUAAAACGUUUUCUGACUGUUGCUGAAUAAUUCACUGAUUCAAAUGCAAAAGCGAAGAAGAAUUUGUAUAUGAUACUGGAUCAUGAUGACACUGCAUCAGAUUCUCCUGUAAGGAAAUACCUUUCUUGACAUCACUGGCUAGAAGUCUUAGUCAGUAGAAAGUGUAAGAACAGUUCUGUGUCCCUAAAAGAUAAAGCCAGUUUACUCCUGGUAUUAACAUGCGUCAGUGAUCUGUACACAUAGACAGCUGAGACAUGUUACUCCUCACACCUGUGUCUAUGAUGUGUGUCCAGUCGACCACUUGUGAUUUUGUUAGCUGUUGUUUGAUAGCGGUUGUGUCGAUACAGCUGGAGGAAUCGCUGUCAACAGAAUUCAACAAUGGGGAAGAUUGCAAGCUAGCAAACACUGAUGUAAACAACGCAGGAUUUUAAAUAAUUUAAAAACAUCAUUGUGAAUGUUUUAUAAAAUGGAAAAUGCAUUUAACAUGAUUGCAAGGCUUCAAGAAUACAAACAAUGCAUUUUGAUGAGAAGCACUGACUGUAAACAGAAGACUCAACGGGCUACCUUUAAUCUGAAAGGUGCAAAAUGUAAGAACAGAAUUAUGCUGCCAGUUAUAUAGAGGCCUGAUAAUCAUGUCUAAA